AUGUCCCUCAAAGUCACCCAGCAAAAUGGGAUCUCGGUGUACACCAUCAGCGGCUCCAACACCGGCCGCUCGCUCCCCGACUGGCUUGCGCGCAAACGGAAGAGGUCGCUCAAGAAUGACGAGGCCUACAUGAACCGCAUUGAGCUGAUUCAGGACUUUGAGUUCGAGGAGGCGAGUCAAUGCAUCAAGGUCUCGGAGGAUGGAGAGUAUGCUAUGGCGACCGGAACCUACAAACCCCAACAGCACAUCUACCACCUCCCCUCAUCAGCAUUGAAAUACGCCCGCCACACCUCCUCCCUAAAUAUCAAGUUCAUCCUCCUGUCGACCGACUACACAAAGUCCCUCCAUCUACAGACUGACCGCUCCCUCGAGUUCCAUACGGCAAUGGGCUGUCACCACACGACUCGUAUCCCCCGCUACGGCCGCGACCUUGCCUACCUGAAGCCCUUUGCGCAUGUAAUAGUCCCUGCCGAAGGCAAAGAAGUCUUCCGUCUCGACCUCGAAGGCGGCCGCUUCCUGAAACCUUUCGAGCUCGGCGGCUACGACGACAUCGACGCAACCGUCAACUCUGUCGAGUGUGUGGGUGUCGCCGACGGUAGCCACGGCCUCAUGGCCUUCGGGACCGACCUAGGCACCACAGAGUUCUGGGACCCGCGCAGCCGGAACCGCAUUGGCGUGCUAUCCCCGCCACCAAAAACUAGCAUCUACAACAACGUGCUCGGGGAAGCCGCCACCCCCGGUGUCACAGCUGUUGAGUUUGCGUCCAAUGGUCUCACACUUGCUACCGGAAACGCAGCCGGAAUAGUGACGCUAUACGACCUGCGUUCGCCGACCCCAUUGCUGUCGAAAGACCAAGGAUACGGCUUCCCAAUCCAAAACUUGGCUUUCCUACACUCCUCGACCAACCGUGCAUCCGGCGUCGAGAACGCCUACGAGUCCACCUCAACCCCCAAGAUCCUUUCCUCCUGCAAGCGUAUCAUCAAGAUCUGGGACGCGACCAACGGCAAGCCCUGGACCUCCAUCGAGCCUUCCGUAGACCUCAACGACGUCUGCGUCGUCCCCAACUCCGGCAUGAUCCUCACUGCCAACGAAGGCCGCGAGAUGCACUCCUUCCUGAUCCCCGCACUCGGCCCCUCACCCUGGUGGUGCGCCCACCUCGAUACCCAGAUCGAGCAGCUUGCCGACCGCUUCAUCAACGACCCCGACGCCUAUGUCACCGGCGCCGCCCCCAACGAAACUGUCACAUACGACAACUACAAGUUCCUCACCAAAGCCGAGCUCACAAACCUCAACCUCGACCACCUCCUCGGCGGCAACUCCCAGAAGGGCGGAAGUCUCAUCAGGCCGUACAUGCACGGUUACUUCAUCGACCAGCGCCUCUACGACGAGGCGCGCCUCAUCGCCGACCCCUUCGAGUGGGAGCGCGAGCGCACCCGCAUGGUCAAAGACAAGAUCGACAAGGAGCGCGAGUCCCGCAUCCGCUCCACUGGCAAGGGCGCAAAAGUCAAGAUCAACAAACGCCUCGCCGAGCGUCUCGCUACCCUCGAACAGAAGCUGGAGCGCACCCGCAAGCGGGAAGGCACUGCCUCAGACAACGAGGAGGCGGCAGAAGAAGAAGAAGAGGCAGCAGCAGCACCAAAAGACGAAAAGAAGGUCCUCAAAGACGACCGUUUCAACAAGCUCUUCCAGAACCCCGACUUCGAGGUCGACGAAAACACCCUCGAGUUCCAACAACUCAACCCCUCCACCAAACCUCGCGGCCGCACCGCCGCCGAGGAAGAAGACGACUCCGACGCCGCCGCACCACGCCCCAAGGGCCUCAAUCUCGACUCGGACUCGUCCUCCUCGGAAUCCGACUCGGAGCCAGACUCGGACGACGGAAAGCAGCACAACCAGAAAUCCGCGCGCAGCAAGAAGGCGCACCAGAAGAAGGCGGCCAAGGCGGAACCCGAAAUGCGCAUCUCAACCUCGUCGUACAAGAAGAGCGGCCACGACACGCGGGGCUACCCCUCAUCGGGCGUGCAGAAACGUCUCAACAAGGAGAGGUCCUUCGGCGCGCGCGCGGCCUCGGGCGAGGGUGCUGGCGGGCGGGCCAAGCGCGACAGGCCCGCUCAGAUCAUGGGCGAUCGGGAGAUCUCUUUCUUUGCCAGUGGGUCCAAACGGGGCGGUGCUGAGGGUGGUAGAGGCGACAGAGGUGGUGGUGGUAGAGGCGGUGGUAGAGGUGGUAGAGGUGGCAGAGGUGGUGCUAGUGGAGGAAGGGAUCCGAAGGAGAGGAGGAGUGCUAGCGGGAAUGCGUUCAGGAGAGACGGAGUCGCAAAGUAA